AUGGUCACUAUCCGUGACCAAACGGCAGGCCCACCCACAGCCGGCCCCUCGGGGCGGAAUCACAAUACAGCCUCUACACUAGACCCGGAUCCAACUCAGGAUCCUUCUGGGCACCUCGGACCAGCAGUUCCGAGCGCCGGACUCAAGCCACUCCCUGCACAGGAGGAAUCAAACGCCGCUGCCUACGAUAAGAUGGUCGCUAUCCGUGACCGCAUGGCAGAACCACCUACAGCUGGCCCCUCCGGGCAGAAUCACCAAACCCCCUCUACACCAGACCCGGAUCCAACUCAGGAUCCUUCUGGGCGCCUCGGACCAACAGCUCCGAGCGGUAAGACCCACCCCAAGCCACGACACAACCAGCCAGACAACCUCAACGGAAGCCCGGUCUCACUUGGGCACCUCGGAAGUAGCGCCCCGAGUGGUAAGUCCCACUCGACCCAAGACCCCCAUCGACCUCCACCCAGCCUCGUCAUGCAGUGGAAUAUAAACGGGUUCUGGAACAACUUUCCUGACUUGGAACUGUUGGUCCACGAGCAACAACCAUUAGUUAUUGCCCUUCAAGAGAUCCACCGGAUCGAUGAGGGAGCAAUGAACAACACACUGGGACGGCAUUCCAAACCUCAACUACCUCCAUUUACCACUCGGUGGCCAUCGGGGUUUCCGCCGAAGUCGCGGCCACCAGGUUGCCAGCAACAGCGAUUUACCGAUCCUCAACGACGGCUCACCAACUUUUAUACGGGACACCACCGAAUCGGCGAUCGACAUUGCCCUCGCCUCCACGAGGAUCGCCCCCCGGUUGCGGUGGCACACUGUCGAGACCCCCACGGCAGCGACCAUACCCCCAUCGUAAUUGCCUUGAGCGAUAAGAACCCGCCGGAAACAACCCGACGUCCUCGUUGGAAAUAUGAAAAUGCCGACUGGGCGGCAUUCCAAGCGGCCGUAGAAGACGAAUUUGAAAACGCGAAGCCUUGCUCAAUGGAAGAGAUUACUUCCGCAAUCGUCCAGGCUGCCGGGCAGGCCAUCCCAAAGACCAGCCCGAAUCCGGGAAAACGAGCCCUCCACUGGGCCAAAGACCGACUCCCGCCGGAUCAUCCGGGAUUAGAGCAAGCCAAUGAAGACUAUAAAGCCGCUCGUAACUCAUGUCGCCAGGAGAUUAGAGAAGCUAAGGAGAGGUCAUGGAAGGAGUUCCUUGACUCGAUCAACGACCAGCAAACGUCUGCCGAGCUUUGGCAGAAGGUCAAUUCGCUUCAGGGAAAACGCCGAACCAAAGGAAGCUGCCUGAACGUGAACGGGUCGCCCACCAGGGACCCACAGGAAAUCUCUGAGGCUCUGGCGGAAUAUUUCCAUGGGCUCUCGGCCAUUGACAAAUACCCUGCUGCCUUCCUCAAAGCACAUCCAUCCCCGCGGACCGCCGUGUCCAGCUUUGCUGUUCCCCCCGAUCGGGACCAGGAGUUUAAUCUCCCGUUUAAACCCCACGUGCUAGAUUUCGCCCUCAGCAGGGCCAAGGGGAAAUCCUCCGGCUGCAAGUGGAGCCUACUACAGGCCAUAAACACCAUGAGCCUGGUAGUCCCGAUCCCCAAAGGAUCUGGACCAGCCAACCAGGUAUCCAGUUACCGACCCAUCGCACUAACCAGUUGCGCCUCCAAGAUAGUGGAGAAGAUGGUAAACCGCCGUCUGGUGGAACACCUCGAAACCAACGGCUACCUAGACCACCGGCAGCAUGCAUUCCGGGCCGGACGCGGCACCGGUUCCUCCCUGGCCGAAUCGGGUCAAACGCUGGACGAUGCCCUAGAAAACAACGAACAUGCCGAGAUCAUUUCCCUCGACUUGGCCAAGGCCUACAAUCGGGCUUGGACCCCUGAUGUCCUAGCAAGCGUUCGAGAGGAAGAAACGGGCGUCCCCCAAGGGUCCGUGAUUGCGGUCACCAUCUUCCUGGUGGCCAUGCAUGGUGUUUUUGAGACCAUCCCGAGGGGUGUCUACCUGAAGGUGUACGCCGAUGACAUCACCCUCAUCGUGAUCGGCGUGCACCCAAAGGCAUUACGAAAGAAGGCCCAAGCAGCCACGAAUGCCGUUGGGAAGUGGGCCGCCAAGGCCGGCUUCGAUAUUUCGGCCACCAAAUCGGCAAGGCUGCACAUCUGUGGCAGCAACCAUCAACUGUCCCGGAAGCACAUUACCCUUAACAAGGAAGUGAUUCCCACAAGGAGAACCUUGAAGACCCUCGGGGUCACCCUUGAUCGGCAUUUGACCCUACAAGCCCACUUCGAAAACGUGAAAAAGAGCUGCGAAACCCGGUUGAAUUUCCUCCGGAGCAUUUCCGGCCGGAGAACCAGGAGCAAUCGGGCCACCCACCUACGGGUCGCCGACGCCGUGAUUUGGAGCCGCCUAACAUACGGCAUAGAAAUUACAUGCCGAGCCCGAGAUCGUCUUAUCAAGGUCUUAGGGCCCAUCCAUAACCUGGCUAUCCGAACGAUUUCCGGUCUUCUACCAUCGAACCCUGCCGACGCAGCAUGCGUCGAGGCCGACCCGGAAAAUGGGCAAGGCUGCUUCCUGAGGGGGCAAGCAAACCUGGCCCUUCAAUCCGUGGCCAACGCCACGCUUCCACCGGUGGCAGGUCUCCACCGGCUCGGGCCGAGAAGCUGGUCGGCCAGGGCACCAGAAAUUGACCGAGCAAUUAAGAACCGCUUUGCGCGGCAAGCUCAACCCCAGGAACUCCAGGCCUUCUUCCUGGAGAGGAUCCGAGGCCGAUACAGCGAAUAUGUGAUCCAUUAUACCGACGGCUCUAAACUGGGCAACCGAGUGGGCAUUGGUGUCCACGGCCAUAAAAGCACCAAGGGACUGUGCCGCACUGGUAGUUACUCCAACAGCGCCAUCUCUGCCAUCGAAAAUGCAAAGUCCAAGCACCCCUUCAUCCAGGACACUCAGGCGGCCCUUGACGCUGCCGAGCACCGGACGGUGCUAAUGUGGGUUCCCGGACACUGCGGCAUCCACGGAAACGAGCGUGCCGACGUCCUAGCCGGCAUUGGCCGGAACAGCCCCUUCCUCACCCGGAAAAUCCCAGCGGACAAUGCCAAGAAAUGGAUCAAAGACACCAUCCGACAAGCCUGGUCCAACGAGUGGAGGCGGAACCGGACCCUCUUCCUGCGAAAGGCCAAACCGACCACAGAACCCGGAGAAGAUCUUCCUAACCGGCGAGACCAAAUCGUCCUGUCCCGAUUUAGGACGGGGCACACGAGAGCAUCCCACAAUAUGGCCGCUAGCAACUCCGGCUUCCGCCGGCAAUGUGAAAAUUGUGACACGCCAAACACGGUAAAGCACUUCUUGUGCGUCUGCCCGGCACUCGGGUUCCUCCGAGAAACCCAUCAAAUCUACGAUAUCCCAAGCUCACUCUCCAAUGACCAAGUCCGUGAGCGGCAAGUCAUCAACUUUUUGAAAGAGGGUGUCCUGUACCACGAGAUAUAA